CGAAUCCUUAAUAUAUAUAUCAUUUUAAAUAGUUUAACGGUGUAUUUGUCAUUUAUGAGCCUCGGAAAAUUCACUGGAAGAUUGGACUUAGUCACUUUUGCCUGAAGACUACAUUUUCUUGGUUGGCGAUUAUCUAUGACGUAAAAUGUAUGCGUCCCUCUACAGUCUUCGGAGGGCUCUUCAUUAGCUACAUAGUUAAUACCAAAUAUUAAGUUUGUAGUAAGCAUGGUGAUGAAGUCAACAGUUGAUGAUGAUGAUGAUACUGGCUGGGGGCUGGGCAUCCCAGAAAAGAUGAAGAGCAAUGCCAACUGGGUUAAUAUUACACAUGAGUUCAAAAGUGCCUGCAAAGAAUUAAAUCUUGGAGAGUUACUUCAUGACAAACUGUUUGGCCUGUUUGAGGCCAUGUCAGCUAUAGAGAUGAUGGAUCCGAAGAUGGAUGCUGGAAUGAUUGGAAACCAGGUCAACAGGAAAGUGCUCAAUUUUGAGCAAGCCAUUAAGGAAGGUGCCAUCAAGGUGAAAGACCUUAGUCUCCCUGAACUCAUCGGGAUCAUUGACACAUGUUUCUGCUGUUUGAUAACAUGGCUGGAAGGUCACUCCUUGGCUCAGACUGUGUUUACCUGUCUGUACGUCCAUAAUCCCGACCUGAUCGAGGAACCAGCUCUUAAAGCAUUUGCCCUGGGCAUGCUGAAGGUGUGCGACAUCGCACGAGAGAAAAUCAACAAGGCAGCGGUGUUUGAAGAGGAGGAUUUCCAGGCUAUGACUUACGGUUUCAAGAUGGCCAAUAAUGUCACAGACCUGCGGGUGACAGGUAUGCUGAAAGAUGUGGAAGAUGAGUUACAGAGGAAAGUUAAGAGCACGCGGAGUCGACAGGGAGAGCAGCGUAACCCACAAGUCGAGCUGGAACACCAGCAAUGUCUGGCACUUUUCAACAGAAUCAAGUUCACACGCCUUCUACUGACUGCUCUGAUUGCCUUUACCAAAAAAGAGACCAGCUCAGUGAGCGAGGCCCAGAAGCUUGUGGCUCAGGCCGCUGACCUGUUAUCACCCAUUCAUUCCGGUAUUCAGCAUGGCAUCCAGUCACAAAAUGACACCACCAAAGGAGAUCACCCCAUCAUGAUGGGCUUUGAGCCCCUAGUCAACCAGAGGCUGCUGCCACCCACCUUUCCUCGAUAUGCUAAGAUCAUUAAGAGGGAGGACAUGGUGGCCUACUUCAGCAAGCUUAUUGAACGCAUUAAGACUGUGUGUGAUGUGAUCAACACCACAAACCUGCAUGGUAUUCUGGACUUCUUCUGUGAGUUUAGUGAGCAGUCGCCCUGCGUGCUCUCCAGAUCUCUUCUUCAGACCACGUUCCUGAUUGAUAAUAAGAAAGUGUUUGGCACCCAUCUUAUGCAGGACAUGAUUAAAGAUGCUCUCAGAUAUUUUGUCAGUCCACCCGUCCUCUCCUACAAAUGUUGUUUGUUCAACAAUCACCAAGCGAAGGACUACAUUGACUCCUUUGUUACGCACUGUUCCAGGCCUUUUUGCAGCCUCAUCCAGAUCCACGGACACAACCGGGCUCGACAGAGAGACAAGCUGGGGCAUAUUCUUGAGGAGUUUGCCACACUGCAGGAUGAGGCUGAGAAGGUGGAUGCAGCACUGCACAGCUUACUGAUGAAACUCGAGCCUCAGCGACAACAUCUAGCCUGUCUUGGGACGUGGAUCCUGUACCAUAAUCUGAGGAUCAUGAUCCAGUAUCUGUUGAGUGGCUUUGAGCUGGAACUUUAUAGUAUGCAUGAGUACUAUUACAUCUAUUGGUACCUGUCAGAGUUCCUUUAUGCAUGGCUGAUGUCCACUCUAAGCAGAGCUGACUCCUCUCAAAUGGCAGAGGAGCGAAUUCUGGAGGAGCAGCUUAAAGGACGUAGCAGCAAAAAGACCAAGAAAAAGAAAAAAGUCCGCCCUCUCGGUAAGGAGAUUACCAUGAGUCAAGCAUACCAGAAUAUGUGUGCUGGCAUGUACAAGACCAUGGUUGCUUUAGAUAUGGAUGGUAAGGUACGCAAGCCUCAGUUUGAACUGGACAGUGAACAAGUUCGUUAUGAGCAUCGCUUUGCCCCUUUCAACAGUGUGGUCACACCCCCACCUGUGCACUACAUCCAGUUCAAGGAGAUGUCGGAUCUGAAGAAGUACAACCCUCCCCCCGGCUCUGCAGACCUCUACCUGGCAGCUAGCAAACACUUUCAGCAGGCCAAGCUCAUCCUAGAAAAUGUGCCCACUCCAGACCCUGAGGUGAACCGCAUCCUGAAGGUAGCCAAACCCAACAUUGUAGUUAUGAAGCUCCUGGCUGGAGGUCACAAGAAAGAAACCAAGGUGCUCCCAGAGUUUGACUUCUCAGCUCACAAGUACUUCCCAGUUGUCAAGAUCAUUUGAUUCCUCCGUGUCCUGCAGGAUGACAGCCUCCUUCGUCUGAAUAUGUGUGCAAUGGCCCUGACCCAGUUCAAGUUUGAACAGUGUUUUUGUGAUACACUCAAAUGUAAUGUCAUGUAAAAGAAGUAUUUGAUA